AUUUUUUACUAGCGCCCCUAGUGGUCCCAGUCACCUCUCACCACACUUUUUGUAUUGGAAUUACAGGUAAGUUCUCAAAUGCGCCACUGGACAAAUGCGCCACCGGUCAAAUGCGCCACGGAUCAAUUGCGCCACUGGACAAAAGCCCCACAUUUGUCAUAUUUGAGGAAAGUGAAAAGUUUGUUCGAGAGAUGGAGCUAGGUGUUCUUGGUUGUAACGAGCGCGUAAGAUUCGCGAGCUCGCCGUUAAAAACAGCACUAUCGAGGGAGAUGAAAGCGCGGUAAACUUUCGAAUAAUAAAAUAUGUAUAUGAUAUUAAUAAAUUAAACUAAUUAAAUAAUAUGAUUGGCAAACAGUUACGCGUUGGACAAUUUGACUAGAAAAAAUAUAUAUAUAUAUAUAUAUAGAUUACAAUAUGUCUUUUCUCUCUUCGUUUUUUCUUACAAAAACGAAAAUCAGAGAAAAUAGGGAAAACCAAUUUUUAUCUCAUCUCUCGAAUUUGUUAUUUUAGGCUAGUUAGAAGGAAUGGUAUGAAAUCGGUGGGUUGCAAAUCCCUUUAUGACUUUAUAGAAAUUGAAAUCAGACUAGAAGGCAAUAAAUAGAGUAAAAACCCAAACCCUGCAGUAAAAGUAAUAAAACUAAAAAUAACAUAGCAAUGCUCAAUCUCGUAUCGCCCCUUUUUGCAAACAAAAGCCUAAACAUCUGGGUCUCAUAAAAUUGAACUUAGCCUUUUUUGCUAAAAAGAGUCACGUAAAAACUAUAAAAUGUCAAAGAAGAGAAUUGCAACCUAUCCAAGCGAUUAUUAAAUUGAAACUUGAUGAGUACUACAUCAAUUUUAAAAUUGAACUUUUGAAUUAACAUCCUUAAUUAAUUUAAAUCUAAUAUUUUAUCAUUGCUUUUCAAUAUAUAUAACUCAACAUUAGUAAAACAAAUUUGACAAAUGUAAUCCUUUAUAAAUCAUAAACAUUUUUGCAACGACGACUAUUUUCACAUAAGUGUAUAGAUUAGUCAACUUCAUAAUUAAAUAUAAUAAACUUUUAGAAUUUUUAAGAAUGAUAAUUGAAUUAAACGAUUGUUGUAAGUACGAUGUAUGAGUGUUGAUAGUGAGAUUUCUUAAAAGAAAUACAAAAGGUCUUUUACAUUUUAAUUCAACGAGAGAUAGAGAUAGCGAUAGGGACAAAGAUAGAGAUAAAGAAACGAAAGCUAAUAUCCUUAUAAAUUUAAUUAAUAGAGACCUAUUUUUAAUUAUUGUAAAAUGUUUAAGUUUAAUUUCUUUUUCAAUAUCUCUAUUAAUAAUUAUACUUAUGAUAUUGCAAACGAUUCCAAAAACAUUGAGUCGGCUCGAACCAGGCAAAUUUCCAACCUGGAUGGCGCGCGCAUACCUAGAGCAGGAAAGUAGAAGUACCUGGGCCCGCUUGAGCGGCCAGUUUACUCAGAAGGAAUUUGGGACUUGUCGCGAACGGUUGUACGAAGUUGUAAUUAUAUGCUAAUUCAGCUUGAAGUAGAGAAAAUAAAUUGUUUUCUUAUGUAAAACCCAAAUUACUUGACUUUUUAAUUGCUUUUUGCCUUUUUGCUUUUGAUUUCUCUAUUUUUCUUGAAGUUUCGGUAUAAAAUUUAAAGAUUAUUCGAUUCGACGUUGGCACCGAAUUUCUAUUCGAAGAGGAUCUCAUCGAUGGGUUGGGUUUCUAUACCCUUAAUUGUGAACGAAUCCAAUUUCUUUAGGAACUUUUAAAUAUUCCAAAGUUUCGCGCCAAUAAAUUGAGUUGCGCGUUACAGGAAAAUUUUGGUGUCAGAAGUGGGAUUCUCACAAACCCGCCGGUUUUGAAAUAAGUGAAAUCCGUGAUCGUGAACUUUUGGUGCGUGAGAAAACGUCGGUCGGUCUAAAUUAAAUAAAUUUCAAAAGUUAACUUCAGUGACAAGUGGGAAAUAAAAGUUGAAAAGAGACAUUUUGCUUCUCAAACCGCCUUUUUAGUAAAGGUGAAUUUAGUAACUUAGAACGAAAGGUUACCAAGUGUGCGAGAGCAAGAGAAGAAGACGAGUUCGAGCAGUGGCGGAAAAUAAUAAAUUCCAGCAGCAGGCGAAGAAGAAGACGAGUUCGAGCAGUGGCGGAAAAUAAUAAUAAAUUCCAGCAGCAGGCGAAGAAGUAGACGAGUUCGAGCAGUGGCAAAAAAAAAUAAAUAAAUAAAUAUAAGUUCCAGCAGUAGGCGAAGAAGAAAACGAGUUCGAGCAGUGGCAAAAAAAAAUAAAAAUAAGUUCCAGCAGCAGGCGAAGAAGAAGACGACAUCGAGUGGUAGCAGAAGAAGAAGACGAGGUACGACAGGAGCAUUGCCGCGAUAACUCCUCAAGGUUUUUGGGCGGUUUUUAGACCUGGAGGCUAGGGUGUUUUUUUUAUACACCAGUAUCGCAGACAGUGGUUUUGAGAUCCGCCAGUUAUCCCUCUGACCACUGCAGGCAACCUUGGAUAUCCAGUCAACAACUUGUGUGCGCAAAAGGGAAUAAUAUCCGAAGAGCUGAUUCGCGAGUGUAGUGCUGUGAAAAAGAAAAUAAAUUGUUAAAUACAGUUAUUUUCUCCCUGAAGGGGAUAAUUUUAGUGUCAAAGUGCCGAUCUUAUAAUCAGCUGUCUUCAAGACCAUCAAAGUAGUAAGUCAAUUGUCCAAAAAAAAAAAUAAAUUUUGUUAAAUUGUUUGCCAAUCUUUUAGAUAAAUUUAAAAAGAAAAGAAAUAAUAAUAAAUAAUAAUUUACCCUUUUUUGAAUUAUUGAGAUUUAUUUGCAAUAAAUAAUUGUUUAUUUCUCCGCAAAAAUCCAUUAAAAUGAAUACUCGUAGUGCUGUCCGUAGAGGAGGAGAAGGCCGUCGAGGCGGCAAUUCCGCCAACGCGAAUAGGGGUGAAAAUUCAAACGCGAAUGUUGUAAUAGAAAGAGCAAAACGGGGACGAAAACCAACGGGUAGAGUCGCGAAUAAAACCGCAAUUAACAAACGGGGAAGAGUUCGAAGAGUUAGCUCUCGAACUGUAGGAAGUAAUGAAAAUUAUGUCGAAAAUGAUAACCAAUUUGAACCUGUGGACGAGAGUAAUGAAGAUAUCGAUUUUGAAUACAGUGAAAAUUCAAAUUAUCACGCGAAUAAUCUUGUAAUUCAGCAGCGAACCCCUAUUUUACCGCGUGUUAGUCAUACACCGGUGCAUGUCGGUAGCAGUAUUUCAGGCGCAAGUACGUCAAAGUCGGGAUUGUUAACGCUGCCUCUAAAGGAUCCUGAGAAUCCAAUUUCUCUUAAAGAAGCCUUGGGAUUUCUUCCGAACAGUUUUGAUGGGCAAUCGAUGCCAGUCGGCCAAUUUAUAAAGGGUUGCAUCUCCGCGCGUAAUUUAAUGGCAUCGAAAGAUAGAAACCACUUAUUUUUGAUGGUCCUCUCGCGAGUUGUCGGGAAUGCGUUCUAUUCUCUCCAGGACAGGGACAUUAAUUCUUUAGAAGAAUUAUUACUGCAUUUAAAAAACACUUUUACAGAACAUCGGAAUUCCAGUCAACUACAUUCCGCUCUUGCUACGGUCGCUCAGCUUGAGGAGGAAAGUGUAGUAUCAUACGGGUCUCGCGUGAGAAGAAUAUUAGCAAGUUUAGUCGAAUUAAUAGAGGAUCAAAAUACAAACGAGGCCGCUCACUACAUGGUGCAGUCGGCCCGCACCACGGCCCGCGAAAAUUUCAUUAUGGGAUUAAAGCGAGACCUCGUGUGGCGAGUAAGGGUGGGAAGACCUGGAUCCUUGGACGAUGCCGUGAAUCUCGCGAAACAAGCCGAAUGGGAAGUCGAACACGAGCAGAAGUUAGACAGACGGGCACCUGAAAGCAAAAGCGAUGCUAAAGAAAAAUCAGAUGAAGGGAGAAAUAAAAUGAGCGGCAAUAAUCAAAAUCGACAUCACCCUUACGAUAAAAACGGUCGCAUUAGAAAACUCGAUGGGCAUCGUGGCGGUCAACGUGGUAGAGGGGGAGGGAAUCGUAAUCAACCUCCGAACUCGGGAAACAGGGAUAACUCCGCAACGUCAAAUAACAAUUGUUAUAGAUGCGGUGAAUCGGGUCACCUAGCGCGAGGAUGUGUACGCACAGUUAACGACAAUAAAGCUUGUUUCAACUGCAACGAAACUGGCCAUGUUGCUCGCGAUUGCAAUAAAGCACCACAAAAAAAACGCGAGUGCUUUAUUUGCAAAAGUCCUGACCAUAUUGUACACAAUUGUCCCUUAUUGAAUAACGGAAAUGCAAAUAAAAAUAAAUUGUCCUGCACUUUCUGUAAAAAGAAUGGUCAUUUACAGGAGAAAUGUUUUCUUCGCUUAAGAAAGGUUUACGAAAAUCGGGAACAAAAGAAGGACGAUUUAAACGAGGAAUAAGCUCACUUGACUGGUGCACAAGCGAGCUUCGGGAAAACACUGCGCCUAUCCGACGAACAAUAUUAGCUUUCGAAUCGAGCGGGAAAGUACCGACACCCCACAUUAAUUUAAAAAGUAACAAUCUAAAAAACGGAAGCGCUAAUUUCAUUAUCGAUACGGGAGCUGAACUAAAUUUGAUUAAACAUAGACUGGUAGAUAAAAUAACAGCGAUUAACUCAAGGGUUAAGUAUGAUUUAUUUGGCAUCACAACCGAAGGAGUUCAAACCCUUGGCGAGGUUCGCAUCCAAAUAAAUGGCGUCAAUUGUUUUUUUCAGGUAGUUCCAAACAACUUUCCCAUUAGCGGCCAUGGAAUGGUUGGCAUGCCGUUUCUCGGUAACUCUGUAAUAAAC